UUACAAGAUCCCGUUACCAUUGAAACUUUAUCAUAUGGUACAACGCGGUAGAACCCUACUCGCAAUUUUUCUCCUCUCCCUGGCGUCACCGAUUCUCUCAUUCUGCCACAACAGGCAUGCUGAGGAUGAUGCGCGCGGCGCCAAUUGCCGCUUCUUCUUCCUUGAAGGUUGGUUAUGGCAUCGGCAGCAGACUGAGAGUGAAAGUGAGAGGUAUGCCGCCUCUGCCUUGUCCUCUUCGUAACUUUACUCUCUUCAACAAUUACUUUGCUCCGUUUCACUCUCGACCUUCCUAUCCUACCAAAUCUACAAAGACCCAAUUGCAUCAGCUUGUCAAAGUAGCUAACCUUGACGAUGCACUCCGUCUGUUCGACGAAAUGCUUCAAAUGCGUCCUCUGCCUUCUGUUGUCCGUUUCAAUCAAGUAUUGACUCAAGUCGCCAAGUUGAAGCAUUACUCGGCUGUCAUCUCGUUGAAUGAUCAAAUGGGUCUGUUGGGAAUUGUUCCUAAUGCUUACACUCUAAACAUUAUCAUUAAUUGCUUUUGUCAUCUGAGCCAAAUGGGGUUUUGUUUGUCUGUCUUGGGAAAAUUCUUCAAACUGGGUUUUGAACCGAAUGUGGUGACCUACAACACAUUAAUCAACGGCUUCCUUCUCGAGGAUAGAGAGGCUGAUGCUGUCGGGAUUCUGAAUAAAAUGAUGGAGAGUGGUAAUUGUAAGCCCGAUGUGUUUACAUUCAACAUACUAGUUAAGGGUUUUUGCAUGAAGGGUAACAACGUUGGAGCUAUGCAAUUGCUUAAGAGGAUGGAACAAGGAGCUUGCAACCCUGACGUUGUUUUGUAUAACACGAUUAUCAACAGCCUCUGUAAAGAUACUCUGGUUGUGGAUGCAUUGAAACUCUUCUCAGAAAUGACAAGUAAAGGUAUUGCUCCUGAUGUCAUCACCUAUAACACUUUGAUUCAUGGAGUAUGCAAAUUAGGGGAGUGGAAAGAAGCAGUGAGGUUGUUUAAUGAAAUGGUGAGCAAAGGUAUCUUUCCAGAUGUGUUCACCUUCAAUGUCUUAGUAGAUACACUUUGCAAGGAGGGGUUGGUUGGGGAAGCAAAAAGCAAGGUUGAAAUGAUGACUCAAAGAGAUAUUGAGCCUAACACGGUUACGUAUAAUUCGCUUAUGGAUGGUUAUUGCUUGCGAGGAGAAAUGGAUGAGGCGAAAGAAGUCUUUGACAUAAUGCUUAGCAAGGGGUUCGUGGCUGAUACUCAUAGUUACAACAUACUGAUAAACGGCUAUUGUAAGCAUAAAGGGAUAGACGAGGCUUGGAUACUUUUUCUGGAAAUGUCUGGUGGAGGUCUGGUUCCAAACACUGUUACUUAUAACACACUAAUAGAUGGUUUUUGCAAGCGGGGCAGAAUACACGAUGCACAAAAGCUGUUUGCCACGAUGCAAGUUUGUGGUCAACUUCCAGAUGUUCAAACUUAUGCUAUUUUACUUGAUGGUCUGUGUAAAGACCAACAACUUUCUAAGGCAAUUGAAUUGUUUGAAGAAAUGAAAGGCAAGGGAUUGGAUCCAAAUAUUGUGGUCUACAGUAUUCUUAUUGAAGGUUUGUGCAUAGGUGGAAAAGUUGAAUGCGCAAAGGAUCUCUUUAGCAGUUUCUUUUCAAAAGGACUUCAGCCUAAUGUCAGGACAUUUACCAUAAUGAUUACUGGACUUUGUAAUGCAGGCCUAAUAAGUGAAGCGGAAAAUUUGUUUACAGAAAUGGAAGAGAAGGGCUGUUCUCCAGAUGGUUGCGCCUAUAACACAAUUAUCCGGGGGUUUUUCAAAAAGAAUGAGACGUCAAGGGCAAUGAGACUUAUCCAUGAAAUGGUGGAGAGGGGCUGGUCUGCAGAUGCGUCGACUACAGAAUUGAUAAUUCAUUUACUCUCUAAGGAUGAAGUAGAUCCUGCUUUGUUGGCUUUAAUAAAAUGAUAAAGAUCAUUUGGAUAUUGGAGUUUUGAAACAGAUCCUUCUAAUUGUCACAAUGCACUUGGGAACUCUUUCACAAUGUCGGCUUUUAGUUGGUGCUCAAAGUUUUAGCAAAUAUAUUUGCAUUUGACCACAUCAUGCUUGAAAGCAUUAAGAUUAGGAAGAAAAAUAUCCAUCAAUUCCCUCUUGGUGAUUGGAGGAUUUGACCUAAACAUUAAACAGUUUGUGUAGGUCUUUGAGUUUCUAUCUCCGAAAAUGGUCUGCAAAUUUCGGUUAUUUUGCCGGAAUGAGUCUGCAACUGUAGUAUUCAGACUUUGUGUUGUAAAGAAAUCAUUGGGGAUAUUGUUU